AUCUGUGUGGUUGUGCGUGUGAAGAUGGCCCUCUGAGCGGGCACGAAACCACGGCUUCGUCAGUGACGGGCGGAGCGCGGGGAGCGGAGUCUCCUUCGCAGGCCAACCAAGACACCGUGGAUAACGCCACCCCCACCUGCUGGUGGGCAGCUUGGUCUGCCAUGGGGUGUUUCGGGUCGCCCAGCGGCAAAAGCGGAGCCGACGGCGGCGACCCCAGAGAGCAGAAACGGCGCAGCGAUGCCAUCACACGACAACUGCAGAAGGAUAAGCAGCUUUACCGCGCGACACACCGGUUACUGCUGCUGGGCGCCGGCGAGUCCGGCAAGUCGACGAUAGUGAAGCAAAUGCGCAUCCUCCACGUCAACGGCUUCUCGGACAAGGAGCGGCGCGAGAAGAUCGAGGACAUCAAGAAAAAUAUACGUGAUGCGAUACUUACAAUCACGGGUGCCAUGAGCACCCUGACGCCGCCGAUACCGCUGGAGAAACCUGAAAACAAGCACCGCGUCGACUACAUACAGGAUGUAGCCUCCCAGCCAGACUUUGACUACCCGAUGGAGUUCUAUGAGCACACGGAGGCUCUGUGGAAGGACCAGGGCGUUCAGCGCACGUACGAGCGCAGCAACGAGUACCAGCUCAUAGACUGCGCCAAGUAUUUCCUGGACCAGGUGCACACAAUAAAGCAGCCCUCGUACACGCCCACGGAGCAGGACAUCCUGCGCUGCCGAGUGCUCACCUCGGGCAUAUUCGAGACGCAGUUCGUCGUCGACAAAGUCAAUUUCCAUAUGUUCGACGUGGGCGGGCAGCGCGACGAGCGACGCAAGUGGAUCCAGUGCUUCAACGACGUGACCGCCAUCAUCUUCGUGACGGCCUGCUCCUCCUACAACAUGGUGCUGCGCGAGGACCCCACGCAGAACCGCCUCAGGGAGUCCCUAGACCUCUUCAAGAGCAUAUGGAACAACAGAUGGCUGCGCACGAUAUCGGUGAUCCUGUUCCUGAACAAGCAGGACCUCCUGGCGGAGAAGGUGCUCGCCGGCAAGUCAAGGAUCGAGGACUACUUCUCCGAGUUCACGCGUUACCAGGUUCCCCCGGACGCGGCGCCGGACUCGCGCGAGCACCCGGAAGUGGCGCGAGCCAAGUACUUCAUACGGGACGAGUUCCUUCGCAUCAGCACGGCGUCAGGCGACGGCAAGCACUACUGCUACCCGCACUUCACGUGCGCCGUCGACACCGAGAACAUCAAGCGCGUGUUCAACGACUGCCGCGACAUCAUCCAGCGCAUGCACCUGCGGCAGUACGAGCUGCUCUAACUGAUACAUCACACAGGCGAGUCUCUAUACAGAAUCAGUUUACUACCGCUAGGUGACACACGGCAACUACUGCUACCCGCACUUCACGUGCGCCGUCGACACCGAGAACAUCAAGCGCGUGUUCAACGACUGCCGCGACAUCAUCCAGCGCAUGCACCUGCGGCAGUACGAGCUGCUCUAACUGAUACAUCACACAGGCGAGUCUCUAUACAGAACCAGUUUACCACCGCUAGGUUACACACAGCAACUACUGCUACCCGCACUUCACGUGCGCCGUCGACACCGAGAACAUCAAGCGCGUGUUCAACGACUGCCGCGACAUCAUCCAGCGCAUGCACCUGCGGCAGUACGAGCUGCUCUAACUGAUACAUCACACAG